AAAGUCCAACGAUUUCUGUGUUUGAUUUAUUUUGAUGUGAACUAGAGAGUUGGUCUCUGAUAGUAUUAUUUCUUGUUGUUUUUGUUAUUUAUUCAUGAUGUCCGAUGUAGACGAGAUUAUUGAUUACAUAAAGUCAUUGAAGAAAGGCUUCGAUAAAGAUUUAUUUCAAAGUAAGAUCGAUGAAUUGGCUCAUGCAGUUGACACGGUGGGUUUGGAAUAUGAAGAUUUUCACACAUUGUUUAAAGUUUGGUUAAAUUUAACAAUACCCAUAACAAAAUGGAUCAGCAUUGGUGUGUGUCUUGUACCUCAGAACAGUGUAACGGAGCAAACUGUGGACUAUGCUCUGAGAUGGCUGUUGUCAAAUACAGAAUAUGAGGCCAACUUCUCCAGGAUUGCUUUUCUGCUAGAUUGGCUUACAGCUGCUAUGGAUUGUGAGUCCGUAGACAUUGCAGCUCUAGACUGUGGAUAUGAAGUUUUUUUUUCUUUCCUGACCUAUGAAGUGCUUGCUGGCCAUGUGCUGAAGCUGGUAUACACACUGACAAAGCCAACAGAUGUGACUAGACCAAGGGUGUUGGAGCUAUUUGACUAUGCUAAGAAGAGAGAAAGUAAAAAGAGCAUGUGCCGGCAGCUGCAAGUGUUACUUGGUUUGUUCAAGUCCUACAAACCUGAGUGUGUGCCUGAAGACAUCCCUGCUGUGCCCGUCCACACCACGUUCAAGAGCAACAUCACCCUUCUGACCAGGUUUAAGAAAUGGCAGGAACAAAGAAAUGAAGAAGGAACUCAGAGUCGACAUUUAAGGUGGACAAAUCCCAUGCUGGGAGGAAAAGCCAAGAAGGGUGAAUCACUGGUACCUAAUAUAGAAUUUAUAAAUAUUGGAUCACAACAGUACCGAGACAAAGAGCCUCAAAAGAACUAUCUUGAUUUCACUGACCCGGUGUCCCUCCUGCAGUACAGCAUGCACCGCUCAGUGUCGCGGCCGGCGAGGUUACGCGCACUCCUGCGCAACAACACAGGACUCGUGCUACUGGCUCUGAGUGACGUGCGCACGCAGGCCGCGCUUCAUCACGACCUGCACUACAUGCUCACUGGCUGUUUUCUGGACGCGUCGCCACACAGCGAGCUGGAAAAGCGCGACGCACUACAUUGCGUAGCUGUACUACAACGCACGUUAUGUCAACCGAUACGGGCUGUUUCGGCGUUCCUAGCGCAUUUCCUGCCUCUCUGGGAUGAGACGCACUACUUUCACGAGAUCUUGGAGCUCCUGGAGUGGGUGGAGCCGGACCCGGAGCUGCUGCCGCUCGUGCUGGAGCCCCUCGCGCGCACGCACCAGCGCGCGGCGCCGCUGCGGCAGUGCGCCACGCUGCGGGCGCUAACCACCAUGUACACCAACCUGGUUUACUCUAGUACCCGUAGAAGACAGCACUUCGUGUCCAGCGUGAUGUCGCGCGACAUUUAUAAGGACGCGCUGAGCUACGUAUCGUCUACUAUAAGCACCAUGUGUGGCCGAACUCUACAGGUUGACCCAGAGGAGCACCGUGCACUGUACAGCUGCGUGUCGGGCGCGCUGCGGGCGGCGCGCGCGCAGGUCGCGCUGCCGCACGCCGCGCCCGCGCUGCCGCACGCCGCGCCCGCGCUGCCGCCGCUGCCCGCGCUGGCGCUGCCGCUGCUCACCGUCUCCGCCGACCUGCUGGACAAGAUGGCCGCCCUCAUCCUCACAUACAAGGAAAUAUUGUUCGCAAUGCAAUCAAACAAGGAGAACAGGAAAGAUCAAAGCUACGUCGAUCAAAAGAGGACGCUUAAAGGGUACACUUCAGACAUCGUGCGUUGCUUGGUUGACGAAACCAGCUUCUCGGGAAGGCAGAGCGGUCUGGUCUUCCAACGAUUAAAUCCUCAAGUUGUUCGAAAACUGACAGAGUACAUACCAGAAUCAGACUCAGUAAUGAGCAUAAGAAAUCAUCUAGCAUUCGCUCCGUACACGUACAUACAAAUGGACUUUGAUUCCUCCUUCGCUGAUGAUCUGAAUGAACUGUGGUUUGAUGCGGUCAUAAACAAGGAGUUUACGCAUUUAUCUAAGUUAUUAAACAUGCUUGGCUGGGGUAGAAAAAUGGUUGAUUAAACAAGCGAUUUUGAACC